GAACAUGUUUUCCGACCCAUGAAGAUGGCUUAUAGUUUCCGAUAAAAAGAUUUUAUCACAACUGUAUGUAAUGAAAUUCAAACGGAUUAUCUAUUAAUCACUGAACCAGAGCUUUCGCUUAUCAAUUGAUAAGCACCCUUAUACCAAUUAAAUACUAUCGCGCUAUUUUGAACAAAAUUACUCAUUACUAUAUUAUAUGUAUAAAUAACCUUUGUAAAGUAUGCUCUAUGAUUAAAAAAAAUAUAAAAAGAUUUAAAAACUCUUUGUAGGGUUCAGAACAAAGUUAAUCCAAAAAUCUUAAAAUAAAUCGAACUGACACUUAAAAUUGGUAUUGAUACUUUUGUAUUAUGUGGUAAUUUUUGAUUGAAUUGUAUUAUCAAGUGUAAUCAUGUUGAGCAAUAUUGGAGGUAAAUACAAAUUGUCCAGAAGGGGAAGAAAACUUAUAAUGGCAGAUGAUGCAAGGACCUUAAUGGCUCUUCCAAAAGAUGUCCCCGAGCGAAUUUGGUAUAGAAUCCCAAUAAUUCUGUUGUUCUCUUAGCUCUAUUGUAAUAAGGGCUGAAAUUCUCCAAAAAGAAGAAGACGAUUUGAUGAUCCUCGACAUACGAGAAGAGAUAUUAGAUGAUGCUUUAGCGAUUUGCUUUGUCAAAUACAUGCAGCGUCAGACAGCGCUCUUUACGGCCCACUGCGCCGCGCAAGCAUGGCUUAAGCUAAUUGACUGGCACUUCUACCGUCACGAUCCUGGCGAAGAUCCGAGCGCGUACCCGCCUUGUUACAUUCCCAAAAGAAGAGAGUCAUGGAUUCCCGAUGAGUUACCUGACCCCUCACCGAAGGAUAGUUGGUGCCGUCAGGAUCUGAUUAUCCAGGAGGAAUGGCAGGACGAAGGGUUGAAGAAGUGGCCAAGCAGUUCUUCCAUCGACAUGCCUUUGGUUGAAGAUAUAUCGGCUGAAUAUUGGUUUCCUGGCAAAGUCAACCUGCCAAUUGAACCUGAGUCUGAUCAGUACACACGAGCGAUGAGCAAUGGCACCAGCAGUGUUAUGAGCGAGCCCAAUAUCUGUGCCGAGAGUGAGGUUUUGCAGAAGAUCACAGACUACAGCACUGAAGACCUCUCUGUCAAGGAGUCCACGUACAGUGCUUUGAAGAACACAACCCCAGUGGAAGGGUCCCUUCACGGCGCUGGUGAUUCUGUCGUGGAUCGGCUCAGACCUAAGAGAAAACCUACGGAUAAGAGCAAGGUUUUUAGCAGACCGAGUAUAAUGAGCCGAUCGAAGAACGCCCUUCCGCCAUUGACCGGUGACUCCCGCUCCCGCAUCAGCAUCAUAUCAGACUGCCGUUUGAGGAACCUCAGAUUGGACGCCCAGUACGAGAUAACGUCGGAGAAGAUAGACACUCCGCCUGGAGAGAUCGUUAAACGAAAGUGAGAAUUUAUUAAAAUUGUCAAUUAGA